CAUCCUCAGAUCAGUUCCGUAGUUUACUGGAUCACGACACACACACAUAUACACGUGUACAUAUAAGCCAUUCUUAUCAAAAUGACCACCUUCCUCCUGAAUUCUCAUUCAUUAUAUAGGCGUAUAUUUCGGAAUUCUAAGUUUUGUUGCUACGAUCGAGCCAGCGUUCUGUUUCUGUACGUCUCUCUGGGUAAGAAAGAAAAAAUGAAGGACGAAACGGGAAACCCUCUGCAUAUCAAGUCUUUGAAUCACAUCUCUCUUCUCUGUCGAUCCGUCGAGGAAUCCAUUAGCUUUUACCAAAACGUUUUAGGGUUCCUCCCUAUUCGCAGACCUGACUCUUUUGAUUUCGAUGGCGCGUGGUUGUUUGGACAUGGAAUUGGGAUUCAUCUUCUUCAAUCUCCUGAACCUGAGAAAUUACUCAAGAAAACAGAGAUUAAUCCCAAGGAUAAUCACAUUUCUUUCCAGUGCGAAAGCAUGGAAGCAGUGGAGAAGAAGCUCAAGGAGAUGGAGAUAGAGUAUGUGAGAGCAGUGGUUGAAGAAGGUGGCAUCCAAGUGGACCAACUCUUCUUCCACGACCCUGAUGCCUUCAUGAUCGAGAUAUGCAACUGCGAUAGCCUCCCCGUUAUCCCUCUCGCUGGAGAAAUGGCUCGUUCAUGCUCUCGACUUAAUAUCCGCCAGCUCGUUCAGCCAACUCAGAUCCACCCCUAGUUCUCUCUGUCUUCCCUAAUUUCUGUUUUCGUAAAUAAUUUCAAGUGUCCAUGUGAUUGUCUCUUUGAUUGCGUGUGAAUAUAAUUGCAUGUAAUAAACAGCUAGUGGUAAGUUGAUGUGAUUCCUCAACCGGGAAAAUGACCAUUUGCUUCACACUCUAGUCUCUCUCUACCAUUAUUUGAGAUACCAAACUCUCUCUCUCUUUUGUUGUUAUGCUUCUAAAACAUGUGGUUAUAUGAUAGUAAGAAACCUUAUAAUACAAUUGAAAUCGCCUAAGAAGCUUAGAGAGAUAAGUAACAUAUGUUAUCUGAAACACGUGACAUGAGACAUCUAUUUUUUCUGUAAGUGGAAUAUAUCAGAGAGCUCCUCUAGGGAGGAUGUUAUCGCACUGAAGAGAAAGUUGUCGCCGGAAGUUUUGGAUGAAAGCUUCGGCGCAUUUGUCGACAUCAUGAAUCUUAGGCUUGCUCUCUAGAUGACGACUACCAUUUGUAAGGGUUGUCACCGAUUUUCUCUUCUCUGUUAUGACUUUGGAGUUGGUACUGUGCACAGAAAGUGGUUGUAAGGAACUCAUUUUCCUGAUCUUUUUAUGUGUGUUUUGGGAUAGUUGGAUGGUGGUGAGAGUUCUGAUUUUAAGGGCUGUGUAUUUAUAGGAUUGUUU